GCGGCAAAAAGGAAAAAAAAGGGAGAGAAGAAACGAAAUCCCUUGAAAACCCCUCACUCUCACCGCCGCCGCCGCCGCCCUCCGACGGUCCCACGACGCGAGCCCCGGCGGGCGAUAGAGAGACCAGGCGGGCGGCCGCCGGCGGCGGGGAGCAGCACCGCGCGAUCCUCACCGACGCCUCCACCUCCGUGGUUGCGUCGGAGCAAAGUACAAAAUGAACAGCCACCUAAGCUUCGAGGAGGGCUGGAAAGUCCUGGAACAGGGGAUUUUAAAAUGCUCGAAGAUUUUGGAGUGCACCAGUAUAAGGCCUACUGUGAACGAGUACAUGAACUACUAUGAUUGUGCUUACAAGAUGGCUGUGCAGAAACAACAUUACUGCCAAGAAAUGUACAAUGGUUUCAGGAUGACGCUUGCAGAAUGUGUCCGCACAAUGGUUCUGCCCCAUCUCAUGCACAAGCAAAAUGACAGCUUUUUCAGAGAGCUUGUGAAAAUGUGGUCAAACUAUUGCAUCAUGAUUAGAUGUGUAACUGGCUUCUUCAACUAUUUGGACCGCUGCUUUGUGGAGCAGUACAAACUACCAUCACUUAGCGAUGCUGCUGCUACUGCUUUCUUUGGUCCGGUCUUUUCAUACUUCAAUGAUGAAGCAAGAACUGCUCUUCUUACUCUGAUCCAACGAGAACGUGAUGGAAGCAUGAUGGAUUCGAGCCUGCACGAUGUUAUGCAUGGCAUAUGUUGUUCCGAAGUCAAAUCCAUAAUGCAAAAUGCUUUUCUUGAUGAAACAUAUGGCUACUACUCCAUGAGAAGUUCCGAAUGGAUUAGGCACUACUCUUUGCCAGAUUACCUUGCUAAGGUUGAGGAAAGUAUGGAGACAGAAACCAAGAGGCUGGCUUACUAUCUGGAAAUUUCAAGUGGGGACAGCUACCCUCUCUGUUUGCAGGCUGUAAAUGCUCCAUUGAUGGAAACUUAUGUCAAUUAUGUGACAGAGCAACAAAUCAGUGGUCAGCUGAUGCUUGAAACGUACAAGACUGUUGAGGAGGAACUGCUUGGCAGAUGCAGGAGCUUGACACUUGGUUGAUCGGACAGCAGUUCUUUGGACCGAGUGGAGUGGGAAGGCAACUUUACCUAACAUCCAUCCAUGACCCAGCUUACAUACAGGAGAGUUUUGGAACAUGGCCUGCCUGAAGUAUAACUUUUGCUGCAGCUCGUUUUUUUGGUACUGCUCAAAGCCACCCAGCUUACUCCUAGCGUAGACUUGUUACAAGCAGAUUUAGCUGCCAAUGCAAAUGCACGAUUCGGUUGAGAUUUGUGCGGAUGACAUUCGUGAUUCCCAGGAUCUCGGGCUGUGAGCUCAAGCGUCUUGACCCUUUUGCCUCAUCUUGCGUGUUAGUAUUUGGCAGAAGAACCGAUACCCUUGGAAAUGUACAUGAUGCUUGAUCCCUGUGAUCAUAGAUGCUCGUUUCUGUGACUAUCAUCUUAAGUACUA